AUGGGAGAGAAAGCACACGACCCAGAGGUCAACCCCACCAAUGAGGGCGGCCAAGGUUCAAAAUCUUCUGCCUCCGUUGAGAAGGUCUCUGCAGACGAAAAUGCUCGAGCGUGGGUAAAGGAAGGGGCAGUGGUAAACAACAAACUGCGCAACCCUCUAUCUGGGUUGUCCAGAGAUGAGCUCUUCCGGGACGUGGAAGAGUUUGCUGAGGAGAAGGGUCUCGUCGACAUUUUAGAUGAUCUUAAAAAGGGCGCUCUCGUUGCCCAGGACCCAAAGUCCUUUGAAACCUUAGAAGAGCUCUCGACAGAGGAAAAGGAUAUUCUUCGCCGGGAGAAAACGCAUCGAUGGCACCAGCCAUUCAUGAUGUAUUUUAUGACGAUCCUCUGUGCUGGUUCAGCCAUCGUCCAAGGCAUGGACCAGACUGCGGUCAAUGGCGCCCAAGAGUUCUAUUUUGAAGAAUUCAACAUUAAGGAUGUCUGGAUGCAGGGGCUACUUAACGGCGCCCCGUACCUCUGCUCCGCCCUCAUUGGAUGCUGGACAACCGCACCUUUAAAUCGCUAUUUUGGUCGUCGAGGGUGCAUCUUCAUCUCUUGUUUCGUCUCAUUUGCAGCUUCAAUCUGGAUGGCCGUGGCACAUACUUGGUGGAACCUUCUUCUUUCUCGUUUCAUGCUCGGUUUUGCUGUCGGGGCUAAGUCCACCACAACACCAGUAUAUGGAGCCGAAUGCUCACCGGCAAAUAUCCGUGGGGCCCUCGUAAUGAUGUGGCAGAUGUGGACGGCUUUCGGUAUCAUGCUGGGAUAUAUUGCUUCAGUGGCUUUCAUGGACGUUCGCUCUCCCACAAUUCCGGGCUUUAACUGGAGAUUAAUGCUGGGGUCUACGGCAAUCCCACCGUUCUUUGUUUGCAUCCAAGUAUACCUUUGCCCCGAAUCUCCUCGGUGGUAUAUGAUGCGAGACCGGUAUCAAAGUGCUUACACUGCUCUUUGCAAACUUCGUCCCACCCGCCUCCAGGCCGCCAGAGACCUGUAUUAUAUCCAUGCCUCGCUAAGAGUAGAAGAAAAGCUUCGACAAGGCAAAUUUCUCUGGCGGGAAAUGUUCUGUGUUCCACGCAACCGACGGGCAGCACAAUCUUCGUUUUUCGUCAUGUUUAUGCAACAGUUUUGCGGGGUAAACGCAAUCAUGUAUUAUUCCUCUUCAAUGUUUAGGACCGCAGGGUUUUCACAACGCGAUGCUCUAAUCACGUCACUCGGUUGCGGUAUCACAAAUUGGAUUUUUGCUCUGCCGGCUGUCUAUACCAUCGAUACCUUCGGACGUCGAAACUUGCUGCUUACGACCUUUCCACUUAUGUCGUUCUUCUUGCUGUUCACUGGGUUUUCUUUCUGGAUUCCAGACUUGAAGUCUAGGACAGCCUGUGUUGCGACAGGUAUCUACCUGUUUAUGAUCGUUUAUUCACCGGGGGAAGGGCCUGUGCCUUUCACGUAUUCUGCUGAGGCCUUCCCCCUCUAUAUUCGUGACAUCGGCAUGUCCUUUGCUACUGCGACUACUUGGGGCUUUAACUUUAUCAUUUCUCUUACCUGGCCGGCGCUUGUAGAAUCAUUCAAACCUCAAGGAGCGUUUGGGUGGUAUGCAGCGUGGAAUAUCUUCGGGUGGCUUUUCUGUUAUUUCUGCCUGCCAGAAACAAAAGCCUUAUCGCUCGAAGAACUAGACCAAGUCUUUUCGGUGCCGACAACAACGCACAUGAAUCACUAUCGUGCAAUGUUGCCAUGGUACUUCAAAAAAUACGUUUUAAGAGGCGAUGUCCCCCCACAAAAGCAGCUCUAUGAGUAUGAUUAA